UCAUAUGUAGGGGAGACAACUGAGAAAGUCAACAAAAUGUCACAAACAACACGUCUCACAGACGGAAGGAAAAGUUUUGAAGUAAAAAAAUACACCUUCUCCACCGAAGUCAUUCCAAGACUGAGCUGUCAUGAUCCAGAAUGUGAAGAGCGUAUCGAAAAUGGAUUGCCAGUAGUAAUUCCAGAUGCAAAUUUAGUUGCAUCAGCAAGGCAUUGGAACAUAGAUUACCUCCGUGAUAAUAUUGGCGAUGGAAAGUUUAUGACAUAUUUUUCAAACAGUAAAAAAUUCAAAUAUUAUGAUGACAAAAAAUGUCCAAACAUAAAAAGCUUCAAGAAACCAAUGGAACAAGAAGAGCUGACAUUUGAUGAAUUUGUGAAAAAAAUCAACAAAGGAAAAUCGAAAGGACAAAGAUUAUACUUACAACAGACAUUAAAUGAGACAGUUGGAAAGAACAUUGUUUCAGACUUUCUUGGAUUUAACUGGAACUGGGUAACAGCUCAACAGAAAAAGAAUAGUUUUGGCCCUCUUACAAAUAACAUGUUACUAAUAGGCCAAGAAGGAAACAUUACUCCAGUCCAUUAUGAUGAACAAGAGAAUUUCUUUGCACAAGUAUAUGGGUAUAAGAGAUUUAUUUUAUUUCCACCAGAAGAAUUCCCGAACUUAUAUCCACAUCCUACCUAUCAUCCAUGUGACAGACAAAGUCAGGUUGAUUUUGAUGAGCCAGAUUUUGAAAAAUUUCCAAAGUUUCGAAAUGCCUCAGGUUUUGAGACAAUAGUUGGUCCUGGUGAUGUCCUUUAUAUCCCUAUAUAUUGGUGGCACCAGGUUGAAUCUAUACCAAACGAAGGACACACUAUUUCUGUCACAUUCUGGUACAAGGGUCGUCCAACACCAGAGAAAGUUACGUAUCCUCUGAAUGCACAUCAAAAAGUUGCAAUGAUGAGAAACAUAGAAAAAAUGAUUGCCCAAGCACUGAAUAACCCAGAUGAGGUUCCAGAAUUUAUGCAAAAUAUGGUAUUAGGGAGAUAUACUUGAAGAGUUAAAGUUGCACUGAACAAAAUCAUCAAAACAAAUUUUCAUCCAUGUAUGAAAUUCAAGAUUGUGCUAGCCAAAUAUGGAUAAUUGACCUUGAAAUCAAAAGAUUCAUUAUUCGGUUUAUAUUCAUAUUUAAUGCUGUAUUUCAUAUGCUUGAUAAUAGUAUACUUAUGUUUUGAUUUAAAAAAAAUAAUUUAAAUAGAAUUUUCAUUUUGACUGUUGAAAAACAUUAUAUGAAAUCAAUCCUCUUAUAAUUGAUACAUUAAUUUUGUAGUAUGCAUUAGCUUUGUUUAGUUGAGGGACUGAUAUUUAAUCAGAAUUUUUAUUUCCUCUAUUAACAUUUGUCAAUCAUAUUUACAGUCCAAAUAACACUGUGGAAUUAAUAUUUUCUGAGUAACGUGCAUUAGUGAAAUGAACAGAUAAAUUAGUUAUUAAAGAUAUUAUGAAUUACAAACUGAAAUAUUUCAUAUCGUCAAAAUUAAGAGAACAAAUGACUUAACCAAUUAUAUUGCAUAUAUUUAAAACAAGCUCCUUCAUCCUGGUUGGUCCACUUUUCAUAACCUAUCUUUUAUUUUUAUUUUUGAUUUGUUAUUGUCAAUAAAGUUUACUUUGUUAUGGUCCUGAAUAGGCAUGAAAUAUUUGCCACUGGACAUAAAGCAAACAGCAAUCAUUCAAUGAAACAAACUCCAUACUUGUACACAUUCUAUGAUAAAUUCAGUUAAAGGCAACAAACACUUGAUAUUGUAGCAGCCACUUUUUUUCCAGCUAAAUUGUAUUUUUUUUCACUUAAACCGCUUGGCAAAUUUGAACCAAACUUAUUUUGAAUCUUCUGUCUUUGCAACCAAAAUGGAUUCCGUUUGUUUCAUUGUGAUGUUUAAUCCAGAAUAGGCCAAAAUAAAAAGAGUGUAAAAACACUCAUUUAAUAGUGUCUGAUUUUGGUUCAUAUUAGCUUGAAAUUUUGAAAUAACUGAAAAAUUUAUAUGUUUUUGCAAUAUCAGGAACCAGAUAAUGACUCUUUUCAUACCUCCUUUUUUGAAGUCUUUGUUCUUUAGGUGUUUUAUGUUGUAUUAUAACUCUUAAGAAAGUUAUUACUUGUGCUUUAUUAUACUUUUAACUACAUUGGUAUACUUUUUAGUUUGCUAUAUGGCAUUUUUAUACGACCGCAAAAAUUAAAAAUUUUUUGGUCGUAUAUUGGUAUGACGUUGGCGUCGUCGUCGUCCGGCGUCGUCGUCGUCCGGCGUCGUCCGAAGACACAUUGGUUUUCGCACUCUAACUUUAGUUUAAGUGAAUGGAUCUCCAUGAAAUUUUACCAUAAGGUUCAAUACCACGAAAGGAAGGUUGGGAUUGAUUUUUGGGGUUAUGGUACCAACAGUUAAGGAAUUAGGGGCCAAAAAGGGGCCAAAAAUAAGCAUUUUUGUAACUUCCAGACAAUAACUUGUGUGUAAGUGUAUGGAUCUCUCUGACAUUGUACCACAAGGUUCCAUAUCACAAAGGAAAGGCUGUAAUUGAUUUUGGGGGUAAUUGCCUCAAAAUUUUAGGAAUUAGGGGCCAAAAAAGGGGCAAAAAACAAGCAUUUUCUAGUUUCAUGACAAUAACUUGUGUGUAAGUGUUUGGAUAUUUCUGAAAUUGUACUACAAGGUUCCAUAUCACAAAGGGAAAGCUGGAAUUGAGUUUGGGGGUAAUUGCCCGAAACGUUUAGGAAUUGGGGGCCAAAAAGGGGCCAAAAAACGCAUUUUUCUAGUUUCCAGACAAUAACUUGUGUUCAAGUGUAUGGAUCUCUCUGAAAUUGUACUGCAAGGUACCAUACCACAAAGGGAAGGCUGGGAUUGAGUUUGGGGGUGAUGAAUCAUAAGGGGGUUCAAAAAAUUUGGGGGGGGAUUUUUUUUUUUUUCUUUUUUUUUUUUUUUUCCUUUUUUUUUUCUUUUAAAAUUUUCCAUUUUAAGUUGGUUAUUUCUGAUUAAUAUUUAAAAGCAAAUAAUAAUGAUAUGGUAGGAGAUACACACCAAACAGGAUUUGUAAAUUAUUAUCUAAUAAGUAUUGUGCAAUAGCAAGAAAUUUUCAAUUGCACAGUAUUGCACAAUAGCAAGAAAUCUUCAAUUCCACAGGAUUGCGCAAUAGCAAGAAAUCUUCAAUUGCACAGUAUUGCGCAAUAGCAAGAAAUAUCCAAUAGCACAAUAUUGCGCAAUAGCAAGAAAUUGUCAAUUGUGUAGUAUUGCGCAAUAGCAAGAAAUAUUUAAUUGCACAGUAUUGUGCAAAAGAAGAUACUUCGUAUAAAUUGCUUAUUUCUUGACCAAUUUCAUUGGGGUUUUAUUCUUGAAUUCUUGGGAUUCUUUAAUAUGCUGAAUCUAACCGUGUAUUAAGUUUUUGGAUUUUGGGCCCCGUUUUUAAAUUGGUCCACAUUGAGGUCCAAAGGGUCCAAAAUUUAACUUUGUUUGAUUUCAUCAAAAAUUGAAUUAUUGGGGUUCUUUGAUAUGCUGAAUCUAACCGUGUAUUUAGAUUCUUAAUUUUUGGUUCCGUUUUCAAAUUGGUCUACAUUAAGGUCCAAAGGGUCCAAAAUUAAACUUAGUUUGAUUUUAACAAAAAUUGAAUUUUUAGGGUUCUAUGAUAUGCUGAAUCUAAACAUGUAUUUAGAUUUUUGAUUAUGGGCCCAGUUUUCAAGUUGGUCCAAAUCGGGGUCCAAAAUUAAACUUUGUUUGAUUUCAACAAAAAUUGAAUAUAUGGGGUUCUUUGAUAUGCUGAAUCUAACCAUGUAUUUAGAUUUUUGAUUUUUGGGCCCCGUUAUCAACUUUGUCCACAUUGAGGUCAAGAGGGUCCAAAAUUUAACUUUGUUUGAUUUCAUCAAAAAUUGAAUUAUUGGGGUUCUUUGAUAUGCCGAAUCUAACCGUGUAUUUAGAUUCUUAAUUUUUGGUUCCGUUUUCAAAUUGGUCUACAUUAAGGUCCAAAGGGUCCAAAAUUAAACUUAGUUUGAUUUUAACAAAAAUUGAAUUUUUAGGGUUCUUUGAUAUGCUGAAUCUAAACAUGUAUUUAGAUUUUUGAUUAUGGGCCCAGUUUUCAAGUUGGUCCAAAUCAGGCUCCAAAAUUAAACUUUGUUUGAUUUCAUCAAAAAUUGAAUUCUUGGGGUUCUUUGAUAUGCUGAAUCUAACCAUGUAUUUAGAUUUUGGAUAUUGGACCAUAAUAGGUGAAUGUCCAAUUUAAAAUUUUUAAGUUCUUAGACCACAUUCAUUCUGUGUCAGAAACCUAUGCUGUGUCAAAUAUUUAAUCACAAUCCAAAUUCAGAGCUGUAUCAAGCUUGAAUGUUGUGUCCAUUCUUGCCCCAACUGUUCAGGGUUCAACCUCUGCGGUCGUAUCAAGCUGCGCCCUGCGGAGCAUUUUAUUAUUUUGCGUAAUUGAAUUCAAGAGUUUUAAUUUAGUAGUUAUAAAAAAUCUGAAGGUAGGCUGGUCAUCUUUGAAGGUAAACAGCAUAAUGAUUUAGAUCUUUACCUUAUCAGGACUUUUUAUACUCUUCAUAUGGUUAAGUUUUUGCUCUCAUUCCAGACGAUGUCAUGUAGACUUCAAGUUAGUUUUUUUUUUUAACUAUAUAUUAUAUAUUGUCCCAUAAACAUCCAAUAUGGUUUAAAGACAGAUAUUGUGUCAACACAUUGCUAACAAGGAUCUGACAACACUCUUCUACUUUCUGUUUUGGUAAUUUUUAUACGCCCGUUUACGGGACGUAUUAUGGUAUAUUGUUGUCUGUCCGUCUGUUGUCAACAUGUCGAACAAAAACUCGAAAAACGCUUUAACCAAUUUGCAUGAAAUUUUAGUGAAUUGUUUAUAACUAUUGAGAGCUCCCUUUUGAUUUUUAUAAAUUUUAGAUUUUACAAUUCCGAGUUAUGGGAUUUUAUUCAUAAAAAAGGGGGGAUUUUCCAGUUUUCGGACAAUAACUCAAAAGUGCUAUGAGCAGUUUUCUUGAAACUUUGGUGACUGGUAUAUAUCUAUUUGAAUAACCUCCCUUUAGUUUUUUAUAAAUUUCUGAUAUGACAUUGAGGAGUUAUGGAACUUUGCUCUUUAUUACCUUAGCCAAUGAAAUUUCAACCUUCAACCUUCAACUCUUUGAAGGUCCGAAUCAUUAUGACCAACCCAGAGGACCCCAAAAGGCAUUUUAAACAGAUUGAAGAAAGGAGCUUUGUCAGAUCAUU